UCGGGCUGUCUCAUACACAAGGCAGUCGGAACUCUCUACCGCUGCUUCCCUGCCCGUCUCUGUUGGAGGCUCUGAGCCAGGAUGCUGCUGUCCAUCUUGGGAAGCACACAAAGGUUCUUCCAGGUGUUACUCCUGUUGCUGGUGCUGGUUGUGUUCCUGAUGCUUGGCUUCCUACAUGUGGACUUCAGACUGCUCACACCUCUGCUCAGGGACGAGGCCCAGGAACCACCCGUCACCAACAUCAUGUUCCUCAAGACGCAUAAGACAGCCAGCAGUACAAUACUCAAUCUCCUCUACCGCUUUUCAGAAUCUCACAACCUGUCUGUAGCGCUGCCCAAGGGCUCUAGCUUCCAUCUGGGUUACCCCUGGCUUUUUGUGACUCGGUAUGUGGAGGGCAUGGAGCAGGAUGGCCACCUGAAUCAUCAUCACUUCAACAUCAUGUGCAACCACCUGAGGUUCAACUUUCCUGAGGUGCAGAAAGUCAUGCCCAAUGACACUUUCUACUUUUCCGUCCUACGGAACCCGGUUUCCCAGCUGGAGUCUGCCUUCAUCUACUACAAGGACUAUGUGCCUGCCUUCCAGAGGGUCAAGAGCCUGGACCAAUUCCUGGCAGAUCCGUGGAGGUACUACAACGUCAGCGAGGGCCUGAAAAACGUCUAUGCAAGAAACAACAUGUGGUUUGACUUCGGCUUCGACAACAACGCUAGGGCUGACGCGGACUAUGUGCGCACGCGCCUCGCAGAGGCGGAGCGCCAGUUCCAUCUGGUGCUCAUUGCGGACCACUUUGACGAGUCCAUGGUGCUACUGCGCAGACAGCUGCGCUGGCAGCUGGAUGACGUGGUAUCCUUCAAGCUGAAUGCGCGCAGCCAGCGUACCGUUUCGCGCUUGACGCUGGAGAGCCAGGAGCGUGCCAAGCACUGGUGUGAGCUGGACUGGCGGCUCUACCAGCACUUCAACCGCACGUUUUGGGCCCAGCUGCACGCGGAGGUGAGUCCGCACCAGCUCAGGGAAGAGCUGGAGCAGCUGCGGGCGAGGCGUCGUGAGCUCACCUACCUGUGUCUUCAGGACCCCGAGCCCAAGAACAAGACACAGAUAAAAGACCGGAAUCUGCUCCCCUACCAGUCUGGGAAUGCUGAAAUUCUGGGCUACAGCCUUAGGCAUGAUCUGGACAAUACUACACUGCGCAUCUGUCAGAGGAUGGCGAUGCCAGAGCUCCAGUAUAUGGCCCACUUGUACUCGCUGCAGUUUCCCAACGAGCCUCCCAAGAACAUCCCAUUCCUGAAAUAGUGGAGGUUCAGCUAAGUGACCCCUUCUCCCCAGGCUUCCCUGUGAGCCCUAGACUUUGCCAACCUACCUUUCCAAAGUGAAAAACAGAGUGAAACCUGUGUGUAGAGACCCACCCACCCCCAGCUCUGGGAGGAGGGCCGUACACUUGAGACAACAGGCACAGCUGGACCACAGCUGAACCCGCCCGUUGUAGAGACAUGUCCUGGACAGGCGAGAAUGCUAGUACCCUUUAAUUAUCUGUCCACAGGGAGUCAGUCUAAACAGCCCAUCAGGUGAACAUCAGCCUUGGAGAGCACAGGGAGUUAGGCAGGUGGGCCUGGCCAUCCAUGAAGAGACUCAGAACAGCUCCCGGGGGGUUUUCCAGCCUCAUGGAUUCAGCACUGGUUACAGAGGAGCCAUACCUGUGUAGGGCACACAGCUCCAAGUGGGGCCCAGGGGAGAUGGGAUGAAUAGGCAGCGUCCCAUCUUUGGCUUUAUGAAGUACAGUGUAGACUGAGAAAUUUGAAAGUUGCUGGUUGGACUGAACACAGCUGGGUCCACUUUAUAGCUUCCCAGGGGGCGAUCGUGAGGGAGAAAGUGUCUGAUUUGAAAAAGGUGCUCAGAAGGUCUUAGAUCUCUUUAGUUGCCUUGGAAACCAUGUUGUAUAUAGUCUUUGGGAUCUUUUGUGUGUGUGUGUGUGUGUGUGUGUGUGUGUGUGUGUGUGUGCCUCUCUUUUCCAUUUGUGGGAAGAUACUAAGCCCCCAGCCCCCAGUUCUGGCAGGACGAUGAACUUGGUUACUGGAGGGGGGCGUCUUAACAUCAGGGAAAAGCAAGGCGUCUGGGGUCCUGGAAAAGUUGCUCCUGUCACAUACAUACCCAGCCUAGAGCCUCCGUUUGAGCCAUGUCUGUCGAGCCUGAGUGGAGGCUUUUCUUCUGUGUCAGAGCCCCCAGCUCUGCGCAAGAGGGCCCAUGCUCCUCUGGACAGCAGUUUCAUAGAGGCACUUUAGGAAAAGUAAUUGUCAGUGAAUUUAGAGAUGGUGCAAUGAAUGAGCUUAUCAUUCCAAAAAGAAGAGUGUAAAUUGAAGAACGGCUUUCCCAAACUGAACAGAGCUAGUCAAGAAUGCCAGACGUGGUGGCACAGGUCUUUAAUCCCAGCACUGGGGAGGCAGAGGCAAGCAGAUCUCUGAGUUCAAGGCCAGUUUGUUACAUAGUGAGUGCCAGGACAUGCAGGGCUACAAAACAAGAUCCUGUCUCAAAACAAAAUAAAACAGAAAACCACAGACAAACAAAAAACCCUACCAAACAAACAAAACCAAAACCAAAAGCAAACCUCUGAAUUUAGAUGAAAUUACUCUUAAUAAACUUGGCUCUGGAAGAGUAGGAAGUGCUCUUCUUAGCCCCUGAGCCAUCCCCCUGGCUCCUCAAUUAGAGUUUUUUAUUCUUGGUGGACUUCAUUCUUUUUCUUUUUGUCAGUUGUAGAGAUCGGUCCCAGGACCUCAAGUGAGCUAGGUCAGUGUUCUAACUCUGAGCCAUGUCCGUAACCCUGAAACCUUAAGUUCUAGGAAUUACUCAGGAAGAAAGCAACAUUCAGUUGUUUCUUUCUUUCAUAUAAAAAGAAACAGUUGAAUGUAUAUAUGACAUAUAUGUAUAUGUGACAAUUGAAUAUAUGUGCGUGCGUGAGCAAUUCAUGUAAAUAUUUUAUUUGAACACAUGCUUUCUCUCAGGAAAAAAAUGUUCUUUAUGUAGAAUAUGAUAUAUUUGUUGGUAGACACACACAUACACAUACAGUGCUUAGAAUAGAAGAAGCCAAGAGUACUUGAAUUACAGUCAGCAAUGGAUCAUUUUAAUGUACUUAGGAAUGGCUCAUGAGUUUCUGUGACUUAAUAAAAAUUUCAUAAACAUGGAUCCCAUUUCAUUCAUACUUUAUUUUUUAUAAUCAUACCUAGAUUACACAUGAAAAUUAAGUUACUAGAUAAGCAAAAUAAUAAUUUAUUUCUUAUUAAAGACCCUACCCAAGGUCUAAUCAUUGUUCCAAUACACAGGACACAAUAAUGGGCACCGCCCUGCACUUUAUUCUAUAUUUAAUCCAUUCGCACAAAAACACAGCUCUCACCUCAACGGGAUAAGAAAUAGUUUAUUUUGGAGCCAAAUGUGAGUGAUCAUGGCCCAGGACACCAAUUCAGAUUACCUUGAAUCCCUGCUCCUACCUGAUAUCAGUUUGACCAAGUUUUCAUAGUAGCGUAACAAAGAAAGUCAUAGAUGAAGGCACUUUAAAAAUACAUCCGUGGGAGUACUAGGAAGACAGGUUCCAGAAAAGUGAGGCAAUUCCUGCUCUAGCCUCGGAUGAUGUCUAAUGACAUUCUGAGCUUUUGUAGUGAGGAAGCCAGGGAUCUGUUUUAGCACAUUCCUACGGGUUUUACCUCUUAGUCCCGAGGAUGUUAGAUCAGAUACAGAGGUGGGCAAGAAGUGGAUAAUCGGCCUGCCUGUGCUGGCUAGUUUUAUGUCAGCCUGACACAAGCUAGAGUCAU